UCCAGCGGGUGUCAGCGGGGAGUCAUGAAGAGGAGUGGCACACCAGUGUGGGACAGAAGGAGCUACAGGCCCCCUCCCACAUUAAAGAGGAGCAGCUUCAUGAUGAAGAUGAAGCUCAGUCCUUACAGCUUCAUCACAGUCAAAGUGAGGAGAACAGAGGGGCGGAGCUUGUAAGUCAACACAUCACAGAAGCUGAUGGAGAGCAUUGUGAAGAUAUCAAGUCAGAACCAGACAGCAUCUUUGCUCCACUGUCAGACAUGGACCACAUGAUGUCACACUCUUCUGAUCACAGUGACCACAUCCAAAAACCUUUGGAGAGUAAAAAUGACUCUAAAGGUGAUACGAGACAUCACACUAACAACAAACACUUUGACUGCUCUGAAUGUGGGAAAUCAUUUAGACGGAAGAGUCAUUUUACAAGACACAUGAGAACACAUACUGGAGAGAAACCUUUUACUUGCUCUGUUUGUAAGAAGAGUUUCUCCAGAAAGGAACAAAUGACCAUACACAUGAGAACACACACAGGUGAGAAACCUUUUACUUGCUCAGCUUCUGAUCACAGUGACCACAUCCAAAAACCUUUGGAGAGUAAAAAUGACUCUAAAGGUGAUACGAGACAUCACACUAACAACAAACACUUUGACUGCUCUGAAUGUGGGAAAUCAUUUAGAAAGAAGAGUCAUUUUACAAGACACAUGAGAAUACAUACUGGAGAGAAACCUUUUACUUGCUCUGUUUGUAAGAAGAGUUUCUCCAGAAAGGGUGAUAUGACCACACACAUGAGAAUACACACUGGAGAGAAACCUUUUACUUGCUCUGUUUGUGCUAGAAGAUUCAACACGAAGAAGGAAAUUAUAUUCCACAUGAGAACACACACAGGUGAGAAACCUUUUACUUGCUCUGUUUGUAAGAAGAGUUUCUCUAGAAAGCAACACAUGACCACACACAUGAGAACACACACUGGAGAGAAACCUUUUGCUUGUUCAGCUUGUGCUAAAAGAUUCAACACUAAGACGGAAAUUAUAGUACACAUGAGAACACACACUGGUGAGAAACCUUUUACUUGCUCUGUUUGUAAGAAGAGUUUCUUCUGUAAGCAUAGCAUGACCACACACAUGAGAACACACACUGGUGAGAAACCUUUUACUUGCUCUGUUUGUAAGAAGAGUUUCUCUAGAAAGCAACACAUGACCACACACAUGAGAACACACACUGGAGAGAAACCUUUUGCUUGUUCAGCUUGUGCUAAAAGAUUCAACACUAAGACGGAAAUUAUAGUACACAUGAGAACACACACUGGUGAGAAACCUUUUACUUGCUCUGUUUGUAAGAAGAGUUUCUUCUGUAAGCAUAGCAUGACCACACACAUGAGAACACACACUGGUGAGAAACCUUUUGCUUGCCCUGUUUGUAAGAAGAGUUUCUCCAGAAAGGAACGCAUGACCACACACAUGAGAACACACACUGGAAAGAAACCGUUUAGUUGCACUGUGUGUGAUAAAACAUUCAGGUUUAAGUAUCAGGUCAGUAAACACAAGUGUGUAACAGUCAUGGAAGCUGCAGGGAUGUAAAAACACUUAAACAGUGAUUGUGCUAAAUGUAGUUUAAAAACACAGCAUGUUUAAUAAGAAUGUAUAUUUGAUGUUGUAUGUAGUGCUUCUCAUCUUCUAGUCUUAUAUGUUGUCCUGUAGUUACUUUUUAAGUUGUGUGCAUGUAUUGAAUAUUAUAUAUGUAGCUAAUAUUUUAUUCUAUUUUCUCAUUGUUAAACAGAGGACAUCUUAUUAUUUUUAUUAGUUUUUU